AUGCCACCCUACAGCAGCCCCCCCAAAAGCAAUACCACCCUACAGCAAACACCAACCCCUACAAGCAGCACCCCCCUUUCAAACAAAACCAAACCCCACCAGGGGGCCCACCCCCCAGCAGCACCAAACCCUUUCAGCACCCCCCCUACAGCAGCACCACCCUACAGCACAAAAACCCCCUACAGCAAUUCCACCCUUUCAGCAACACCCCCCCUACAGCAAAACCAAACCCCACAGCGCCCACCCUACAGCAAUUUCCACCCACGCCGCAAACCCCCCUACAGCAGCCCCCACCCUACAGCAAACACCCCCCUACAGCAGCACCACCCUACAGCAGCACCACCCUACAGCAACACCACCCUACAGCAGCACCACCCUACAGCAGCACCACCCUACAGCAACACCACCCUACAGCAGCACCACCCUACAGCAGCACCACCCUACAGCAGCGCCACCCUACAGCAGCACCACCCUACAGCAGCACCACCCUACAGGAGCACCACCCUACAGCAGCACCACCCUACAGCAGCACCACCCUACAGCAACACCACCCUACAGCAGCACCACCCUACAGCAGCACCACCCUACAGCAGCACCACCCUACAGCAACACCACCCUACAGCAGCACCACCCUACAGCAAUACCACCCUACAGCAGCACCACCCUACAGCAAUACCACCCUACAGCAGCACCACCCUACAGCAACACCACCCUACAGCAGCACCACCCUACAGCAGCACCACCCUACAGCAAUACCACCCUACAGCAGCACCACCCUACAGCAAUGCCACCCUACAGCAGCACCACCCUACAGCAAUACCACCCUACAGCAAUACCACCCUACAGCAAUACCACCCUACAGCAGCACCACCCUACAGCAAUACCACCCUACAGCAGCACCACCCUACAGCAAUGCCACCCUACAGCAGCACCACCCUACAGCAAUACCACCCUACAGCAGCACCACCCUACAGCAACACCACCCUACAGCAAUACCACCCUACAGCAAUACCACCCUACAGCAAUACCACUCUACAGCAAUACCACUAUGUUCAUGACUUCUAA